AUGCAACGCUCCACUUGUUCUAGAUUGUACGUCGUAGACGGUUUAGUGGUGCUUGAUUUCCAGGUCUGUCAACUCCACGGCUGCAACGCGGAGAUCUUUUUCGACGAGGACACCAACACGGUGCACGAUUUCUGUUGUCGCAGGCACGCGAACAUGGCGAGGGCUCGUGGGCAAUGGCCCCGCCCAGGGAUGCAAGGCUCCUCUGUCUGCCAAUACCCCGGCUGCAACGAGUGGGUCUACCGCAACCCGGAAACGGGAGAGGAGUCUGCGUUCUGCAGCCGCUCCCACUUAAAGGCCGCGCAAGACCAGGGCGCGCAGCCUGCAGCGGAGGAGCCCUUGACCGUCUGCCAGAACGUUCGUUGCCAAAGGCCGGCGUGGAUGGAUAUUCGGUCGGGCGACCAGCUGGCCUUCUGCGGCAGCCGCUGCGCGUACACCUGUGGCGCGCACCACUUUGUCGGGCAGAUGAAGUGCAGCUUGCCGGGUUGUAACGACUUCACCAUGCUCCACGACCGCACGAUGGACGACAUGGGAUACUGUCGCGACUACCACCGCAUCAAGGCCGAGGAGCGGAACCUGACUCAAAACCCGGAGGCUCACGUGGAUAGAACGUUCAGGGGUGGGCCCUCGGAUGACUUCAAGCUCAGCGUCUUGACCAAAUCGCACCAGGCGCACUCGUCGCUCAAGGAACAGUUCCUUGUUAAGUUCCAGAAGCCUAUUGACGGGCUUAGCGUGGAGAGGAUUUUUAAGGUCCAGGUACCGGGGGACGUGCGCCACAAGCACAAGGUCUUCGAGAAGGCGACCAACAACACCCGUCGCCGCUUCCACGGCACCUCCUGCUCCGACGCUUGCCGGUUCUUCAUGGACCUCAGGGGAGGCCCGUGCGGGCGACCGGACUGCAACGUCUGCAGCAUCUGCACCCACGGCUUCAGGCUCAGGGGUUCGGCGGGGCGCACGGCGCAGCGGACGAACAUGAAGCUGCGGUACGGGGAGGGCCUCUACUUCAGCAGCGUCUCUGGGAAGGCCAACGACUACGCCGCCCAAUCCGAAAAGGUACGUAUGCCCUUGUGGAGUGGCGUGGAGUGA